AUGCCCAAAAAGCAAGUCAAACGCAAAGAAAAAAAAACAAAGAAAAAGGUGGCGUGGAGUGAAGAAGAUGAGACACAUCACCAGGCACUCAUCAAUUGUGCUGAUGCAUACGCUAAAGCCCGACAGGAAGUUCUCUCUAUUCCGGGUACUUCAGUCAUCGAAGACAUCCAAUAUGCAAUGUCUCUUCUCUAUGAACAAUAUAAGGCUGAAACCUGGCCCGAGAAAUUCAAGCCAAAAUACGAUCU